GUGAGGGCCGCAGCGGGCAGCGACGCUCCGGAAGGUCAGCGUGGGGAAGAAGCGGGCUCCAGCCACCCGGGAACCGCGACCGACUCGAGUCGUCCACGCCGGCUUCCGGCAGCGGCGGGGAGAAGUCGACGGACAGUUGCUGGCAUCGCUAUGGAGGGCGGCGGCGGGGGCAGCGGCAAUAAGAGCUCGGGCGGCUUGGCCGGCUUUUUCGGAGCCGGCGGCGCCGGCUAUUCGCACGCGGAUUUGGCCGGCGUCCCGCUUACUGGUAUGAACCCCCUGUCUCCUUAUUUAAAUGUGGAUCCAAGAUACCUCAUACAGGAUACAGAUGAAUUUAUUUUACCAACUGGAGCUAAUAAGACCAGGGGAAGAUUUGAACUGGCCUUUUUUACCAUUGGAGGAUGUUGUAUGACAGGGGCUGCAUUUGGGGCAAUCAAUGGCUUACGACUAGGAUUGAAGGAAACCCAGAAUAUGGCCUGGUCCAAGCCAAGAAAUGUCCAGAUUUUGAAUAUGGUGACCAGGCAAGGGGCACUUUGGGCUAAUACUCUAGGUUCUCUGGCUUUGCUCUAUAGUGCAUUUGGUGUCAUCAUUGAGAAAACACGAGGUGCAGAAGAUGAUCUCAACACAAUUGCAGCUGGAACCAUGACAGGGAUGUUAUAUAAAUCUACUGGUGGACUUCGCGGGGUAGCACGAGGUGGACUAGCAGGACUAACAUUAACCAGCCUCUAUGCACUAUAUAAUAAUUGGGAGCAUAUGAAAGGUUCCUUGCUCCAGCCGUCUCUCUGAAGAUUUUGCCAACUCAUGGAUGGAGGACACUUUAGUCAUUUACAUCAACUUCUAAGUCAAUCUGGAAUUAUACUUUUAUCUACAGUUAGUUUGAAAAGAUGGAGAUUCUCCUGCUAUGAUGAAGAUUAUGGAUGGUUGACCAGGACUGGCAUUUCUUCCAGCCAUUAUGAGUUGAAACAAAAAAAUGCUCUGGUUGAGUAAUGUGGUCUUCUCCUUCGGAGAAAAUAUCUUACUUGUUCUGUAUCCUAAACUGGAACUGAAAAAACAAACCACUUACUCCCAAAAUCCAGGUCAUGCUUGUUAUGAAUACUGUAUCACCAUGCUUUGUUCAUUAAAUAAUACAAAAACAAUAAUGCCCUAUAUUAUUAAUAAAGGGUGAAAAUAGAACCAAAA